CGAGCCGUGGAAAUAGUCUCUUGCAGAAAUGCAGGCGGAAACAGCAGAAGAUGAACUACAAAACAGUGUAUGUGGAUCCAUCUGGACAUGGCCAGUUCAAAACUAUCCAAUCAGCCAUUGAUUCUGUCCCUCAAAAUAACCAGAAUUGGAUUUGUAUUAACAUCAAAGCUGGACAAUAUAGGGAACAAGUGAAAAUCCCUAGAGAAAAGCCAUAUAUUUAUCUUAAAGGAGGGGAUCAAGGAAAAACAAUUGUGACUUGGGAUGCUCAUGACUCAAUUGCUACAGAUGCUACUUUCACUUCAGAAGCUGAUAAUACAAUUGUGGAUAGCAUAACCUUUAUAAAUUCUUACAAUUAUCCUCCGAAAAGCAACAAUAAUCCGAGGGUGGUGGCGGUGGCGGCGAUGAUUUCCGGCGACAAGUCGGUGUUUUAUAGGUGUGAAUUUCUUGGAUUACAAGACACAUUAUGGGAUGUUCAAGGAAGACAUUAUUUCAAGCUUUGCACCAUUGAAGGAGCUGUUGAUUUCAUCUUUGGUAAUGGUCAAUCACUUUAUGAGAGUUGUACUAUAUCAGUAAAUGCAGGAGCACUAGAUGGAUUGGCAGGGUUUAUAACAGCACAAGGAAGAUCAAACCCUAAAGAUGGAAGUGGUUUUGUGUUCAAAAACUGUAAUGUUAUAGGAAGUGGACAAACAUUCUUGGGCAGGCCAUGGAGAGAAUAUGCAAGAGUUAUAUUCUAUGAUUGCAAUAUGUCAAAUGUCAUCACUCCUGAGGGUUGGACUGCUGGAGUUUUUGUUGGCAAAGAGAAACAAUUAACAUUUGCUGAGGAAAGUUGCAAAGGAACGGGAUCACGCACUUCAAAAAGAGUGCAGUGGGAAGCCAAAUUGAGCCAACAAGAGUUGCAACAUUUAACAAGUCUUUCCUUCAUUGAUAAUGAGGGGUGGAUUACGAAACAACCCCUAAAAGUACUUCUAUAGUUUAUAGUAAUUAGCUUAACCUAAAUAUAUAUUACGUAGACAUAUAACAAUAUUUGGAGUGAAUUAAGACAAAGUAGCAGAAAGUAAAUAUAUAAUUUUUAUUGUCUACAACUUUCAACUGUAAUUACGUCAAUCUGACAAAAAUUAGUGAAAACAUUUCAUUUUAUGUGCA